AAUAUACUUAUGUCACUUAUGUACUGUAUAAAUCAUAUGUAAUCUACAAUUAUAAGAACUAUAUAUAUAAACGUUUAGUAAAAGUAAAAAAUAAUUAGAUUUGAUGAGUAAUGUUAAUCAAGGGUUUAUUGCCGUUCACGUUGGUGCAGGACGACAUUCGGAAACUCUUAAAGAACAAUAUCAGAAGUUAUGCCGUCAAGCAUGUAAAGCUGGUAUAGAGAAUUUAAAAAGUACUAGUAGCUCACUGGAUGCAGUAGUAGAAACAGUAAUCAUGUUAGAAAAUUCUCCUUUAACGAAUGCUGGAUUUGGUUCCAAUUUAACAUUAGAAGGAUCAGUGGAAUGCGAUGCCAGUGUCAUGGAUGGUACUACAUUGCAAUUUGGAGCUGUUGGUGCAGUUAGUGGAAUAAAAAAUCCUGUUUUGUUGGCAAAACGACUAUGUGAAUAUCAAUCAAUCAAAAUUGCAUAUGGCAGAAUUCCACCAAGUUUUCUAGUUGGAAAUGGAGCACAUAUGUGGGCACAAGAAAUGGGAAUACAAACUGUACCUCCUGAACAGUUAAUCUCAACAAAGGCACAAAAAAUGUAUAAAUACUACAAGAGAAAAAUAGAAAAUUCUAAUGUAGAAAUUUGUAAGUAUGCUAACAAAAGAAUGGAUACAGUUGGUGCAAUAUGUGUUGAUAAGGAGGGAAAUAUUGCUGCAGCUUGUUCCAGUGGUGGUAUAAUUUUAAAAUAUCCAGGAAGAGUAGGACAAGCUGGAAUGUGGGGAGGUGGUAUAUGGGCAUACAAAGACAAAUAUUCUAUAGGAACAAGUACAUCAGGUUGUGGAGAACACCUUAUUCGUACUUCAUUAGCGAGGACAGCUGCAGAAGCUAUAUCUGACAAUUCUUGCCCAAUUCUUGGCUUGCAUCAGGCUAUGAAAGCUGAUUUUAUUGGUUCAAAGUUUUUAUGCGGACUUGAUCAGAAACUUGGUGGUGUUAUUGCUAUACGAUAUACAGUAGAAGAAGGAUUAGGAGACUUUCUCUGGAGUUAUUCGACUAAUUCUAUGAUAAUAGGUUACAUGAAUUCCUGCGAACAAACAGCAACAAGUCACAUGGCUGUUCUAUCAUCUGAUGAAGUUGGUAAGAAAGCAGUCGUGGAAGGAAUUUGUUUUAAAAUCAGAUAACACAUUCUACUUGGAAUUGUUUAAAUGGAUCUCAUCUACACAUUGAUAUCUAUGGUUAACAAAUUAAUUUAUUUACUUGAUUAUUAUAAAAUUAUCUAUUAAGAUUUUUAUCAUGAAAAUAAUAUUAGACAUAUUUAGAUUAAGUUAGAUUAAGUUAAACAAACAACUCUAAUUUAUUUUCAUUUAACGAUUGUAUUUUCAAAACAUGUAAGAAUAAAAUAAUACAAAAUAG